UACCUAUUGAACGGGCGUCCGCAGCCCUCUGCUCUCUCAACACAUACUUACUUCCCUCGCCAGUUACAAGGCGGCCAAUAAGUCGUGAUGCGGUUAGGCACGCACAGGUAUUUCCAUUCCCAUGCCAAAGACAUAGGGAGACGGGGCGUGCGGGAGAGUGUGUUCCUCGACUGGCGAAAUAAAUGUACAUCCGUCGCUUAAGGCUCCUUCUCGCUGGUCUCGUCCUGAAAACCCCCACGCUUUGGCAAGGCUUGGCAUGGACUGGGGUUUCGGUAAAGGAUACGGGGGAUGGGAGGGCGUCAUGCAUCCAUACUUACUCUCUCUGUCUCUCUGCCUCUCAGCUCCUUACCGAGGAACUCCGGAUGCGAAAGUACCCCUUUUCUCGCGCCAACGUAUGGUUUCUGACGAAUCCUCCCCAGAAACCGGGAGGCGUGGAUCGCGCGUUCGCCUCGAUGUCAGUCGUCUUCAGCACGUGUCGGACGGUAUCGUCAUCUGCCCCCCUUCGAAGCAUGUCUCAAGCUGGUGAUCUGAUGGUGACAUUUCCCUGGUAAAUGCUAUCAGGUCUUGUCUCACUGCUCGCCAACCCUGGUAGAUAUAUUGGUCUUGUGAGAUGAUAGGUAGCAUAGCCGGGGCGGAUCUAACGGAGUCAGGGAGUGCAGCGCUCGGCGUGCCAGGAAAGGCCAUCGAUAAAAAGAUAA